GACUGAUUUGAAGGUGCUUGAAACUCCUCAAUGUCGUUCAGGUUGGCCCUGAACAUGAAGCGUGGGUCUCAAGGAACCUCAGAAUUGGUGCUGAGAGGUAACUUUAUCAAGGGCUUUUAGAGCCAAGUCUCUCUCUCACGUCCAUCUGAUAGAGAGCUUGAUGGUGGAAUGAAAGGAGGAAACACUGUCCUACUCCAGGAAGAGGUGGGGCCAAACAAUUGAGCUGAGGAAGCAAUAUAACUGGUGCAAACAACAUUGAUUGACAGAUAUAAAUAACCAAUCCAACUACAUUUACAGGGUAAAGGCAAAAUCAGGCAUGAUACAAUUCAAAUCUUGCAAUUUACAGUUUGACAUAUAGAUGGCGCCACUUGCGGCAUCACACUCUCCCUUUGAGGUUUAUAUAUUUGGAAUGGAAUGGAAAGGAAAUGGAAGGAAAAGAGGGAGUCAUCUGCUGUCCUCAGUUCUAAAAUUCAGUCCCACUCUAACUGUAAAUCAGUUUUCCUCAACAAAAUGUUGUGUUUUAGUCCCACUCAGAAAAUUCUACAAAUGGGAGGAAGUGGCUUCCAAAUGAAUAUCUGGUCUUCUGGUCAUGAAUGGAGAUGCAGUGUCCUACAGUAGCAAUCACUACCAACCAAUGUGUAUCACUGUGAGAUAAGAGGAGUUGUGUUGCAUGGUUUUGUAUUGCUUCUGCAUUGAUUUCACAAGUCAGCUCAACAUUCACGAUGAAUGGUCCUAGAACUAGAGAAGUAUACAAGAGAAACCAUGGAUCUGGACUACAGACCAAUGAAAUCAUCUUUCAUUCUCCUCAAACCAACAGGAACCAGACUAGUGAAUGGCACAAACGGUUGCUCUGGGAGAGUGGAAGUGUUCCUCAAUGGGGAAUGGGGGUCGGUGUGUGAUGAUCAAUGGGACCUGAGUGAUGCUCAAGUCGUGUGCAGAGAACUCGGCUGUGGAGGAGCCGUGUCAACCCUAGGAGAAGCCCACUUUGGAAAAGGAAAUGGUCCCAUCUGGAUAGAUGAAGCCAAAUGUUUGGGAAGAGAAGCUACCCUUCAGAAAUGCCCAUUUGAAAGAAAACAUGAUUGUAGCCAUGAAGAAGAUGCUGGUGUUGUGUGCUCAGAUCUCCGUUUAAUGAAUGGCACAAGUCCCUGCUCAGGGAGGGUCGAAGUCUUUCACAAUGACACGUGGGGGACCAUUUGUGAUGCUGGCUGGGAUUUAGAAGAUGCCCAAGUGGUCUGCAGGGAAAAGGGCUGUGGCAAUGCCUCCAAAGCAUUGGGUGGAGCACACUAUGGCCAAGGAUCUGGUCCCAUUUGGCUGGAGAACAUCAACUGUACAGGAGAAGAAGCAUCCCUGAAGGAGUGCCAGAAGGGAGGCUGGGGAGAGCAUAGUUGCAGCCACAGCCAGGAUGCCAGCGUGGAGUGUUCAGUUAUUACGGCUGUUGAAUCCUCCCUUGAGAGCAGCAUUCACCUGGGAGUGGCUGCCUUGGUCUUCCUUGCCUUGGUGGGGAUUGUGGCUGAGGCUGGAUGCGGGAGAAGGAGGAAGACGAGGAGGAGGAGAGAGCAGCAGCUUUAAGUAGCCUUCUUCAUCAGCCAGUUCCAUGGAUCAAGGUCUGUCUGCCAGUACGGUGGAGCCAGUGGCAGAAGGAAUGUCAUGUGCAUUAGAGUUCAGAGUAAUCUAUCAGUAUAACAAUAUACAGUAAAUAAAUACUGUAUAUCAUUGUCUAUCUACCGUGUUUCCACGAAAAUAAGACAGUGUCUUAUAUUAUUUUUUGCUCCCAAAGAUGCUAUAGGUCUUAUUUUCAGGGCAUGUCUUAUUUUUCCAUGAAGAAGAAUUCACAUUUAUUGUUGAACAAAAAAAAUGAACAUUUAUUAUAUACUGUACAGUAGUUGUCAUCACAAACCAGCAUAACCAGACAAA